UUCAAAUCUCAUAUACUUUUCGCUCUCUCAUUCAAACCAUUCGAUCUCAUCAUCGCCAUCAUCUCCUCAAACUGUAAGUAUACCUACAAAUCACUGUAAAUCUCCAUUACCACUCUCUUAGUUAUUAACUUAGAAUCUUCCCUUUCUAGUUCUAAAUUAUAAUCAUUCUUUUUUUAUAUUUCCCCCCCCCCAUAUGGUUAUAUAUAUUAUUGGGAUCUAUACAUAUUAGAAGAGUCAGAGAUAAAUUAAUAGUCCAAGGUAGUUUCAUUUUCUGGGGUGUGGUUAUUUGAUCAUAGAAAUGACUAGUGGUAGUUGUAUUGGAAUCUCUACCAUGAAGCCUUGUUGUAGAAUCCUAUGUAACUAUAAAAGUCCAUCUAUUUUUGGGUUUUCUCCAACCAAGUUCAGUCAUUCAGCAAUCAUGGGCAUGUUGUCCAGAUCAGGUUAUCACAACUCAACCCAUUGCCAUAGGUACAAUACCUGUAAUAAUACUCAGAUUGUAGGGUACAUAAAUGUGAUCCAUCCGAAUUGGAGAGAUUUUAGUGUUUCCGGUUCGAAUUGGGGUCUUGCUAAGAAUUUUAGCACUAGUGUUUGUGUCAAUAUUGGUAGUUUUAGGCCUAGGGUCGUGUCCUUGACACCGCAUGUAGCGUCGGAUUUUAGGAAUCACUCUACAUCGGUUGAUUCUCAUUCUAAUGACACGAGCUUUGAGAAGAUUUACAUUCAAAGUGGCUUGAAUGUCAAGCCAUUGAUAAUUGAAAGAAUUGAGACUGAUCAAAGUAAAUUGGAGGAAGUUGCUGAAGAAAGAUGUAAUGAGUCAAACGUAAAUAUAGAUAAUUUGAAGGAUUUGAGUGAGAAUAAGGUUCAGAGGGAGGUGUCUGAGAUUGAAAAGGAAGCUUGGAAGUUGCUUCAGGAUGCUGUCGUCACUUACUGUGGGAAUCCGGUUGGGACUGUUGCAGCUAAUGAUCCUGCGGACAAACAGCCGCUGAAUUAUGAUCAAGUCUUUAUCCGUGAUUUUGUUCCAUCAGCUCUUGCCUUCUUGCUUAAUGGUGAAGGGGAAAUUGUCAAGAAUUUUUUACUUCACACAUUGCAAUUACAGAGUUGGGAGAAGACUGUUGACUGCUACAGUCCAGGGCAAGGGUUGAUGCCAGCAAGCUUCAAGGUUAGAACUGUGCCUCUUGACGGUAGCAAUGAAGCAUUUGAGGAAGUUUUGGAUCCUGAUUUUGGGGAAUCAGCUAUUGGUCGUGUUGCGCCUGUUGAUUCAGGAUUGUGGUGGAUUAUAUUGUUGAGAGCUUAUGGGAAAUUAACGGGUGACUAUGCUUUGCAAGAGAGAGUGGAUGUCCAAACAGGCAUAAGACUUAUCCUUAAGUUGUGUCUGACUGAUGGAUUUGACAUGUUUCCUUCUCUUUUAGUCACUGACGGUUCCUGCAUGAUUGAUAGAAGGAUGGGCAUUCACGGUCACCCUCUUGAGAUCCAGGCAUUAUUUUACUCGGCUUUACGCUGCUCUCGUGAGAUGCUAAUAGUCAAUGAUGCAACCAAGAGUCUGGUGGCUGCUGUUAGUAAUCGCCUGAGUGCACUCUGCUUUCACAUGAGAGAGUAUUAUUGGGUUGAUAUGAAGAAGAUUAAUGAAAUUUACCGGUACAAGACAGAAGAGUAUUCUACUGAUGCUGUAAACAAGUUUAACAUCUAUCCAGAGCAAAUUCCUUCAUGGCUAGUAGACUGGAUUUCCGAGGAAGGUGGCUACUUCAUUGGCAAUUUGCAACCUGCUCAUAUGGACUUCAGGUUUUUCUCACUCGGAAACCUUUGGGCCAUUGUUUCAUCUUUAGGCACAACAAGACAGAAUCAGGGCAUUUUGAAUUUAAUUGAGGCCAAAUGGGAUGAUAUUGUUGGUCAAAUGCCUCUCAAGAUUUGUUAUCCAGCGCUAGAGGGUGAGGAAUGGCGUAUAACCACUGGCUGUGACCCGAAGAACACCCCUUGGUCAUAUCAUAAUGGAGGAUCUUGGCCGACACUUCUCUGGCAGUUCACAUUAGCCUGCAUCAAGAUGGGAAGGCCUGAUUUGGCACAAAAAGCAGUCGAUUCAGCAGAGAAAAGGCUUUCAGCGGAUAGAUGGCCCGAAUAUUACGAUACCCCAAAUGGAAGGUUUAUCGGGAAGCAAUCGCGGAUGGUGCAGACAUGGACCAUUGCUGGUUUCUUGACCUCAAAGAUGCUUCUAGAGAACCCAGAAAGGGCAUCCUUGUUGUUUUGGGAGGAGGAUUUUGAACUUCUUCAGAACUGUGUCUGCAUGCUAAGCAAAAGUGGCAGAAGGAAGUGUUCCCGUUUUGCUGCAAGGUCUCAGUUUAUUGUUUAAUAGGGUGGAACAGAGUCAUUGUUUGAACUCUCUAGCGUAGGUGAACUAAUUCAUUACAAUAAUAAUUGAUUGAUGCCACUUUUUCAGAAUUAAUCUGUCAACUAUUCCUGUCGUGUGGUGACAACGGCUAACUGUGCAACAUAGUUCUCUUGCAUCAUUUAUUUAUGCGGAGUAACUCGUUGCUGUGCAGUGGUAUCAGAUUUUUUAAGAGAUUUAUAAUAAUUUACGGAUCUUGUUUAAUUAAUUGAAUGAGACCUUCUUGUAAUAUCAGAUUUGAACAGUAGUCACAUUAAUUCUCUAUUUAUUUAAUUUUUAGUUA